AGUUGCGAACUGAAAGGAGCCGACGAAGUGAAAGAAAGAGAGAGAGAUAGAGAUAAAGCAACACGAAGAUUACAAAGUUGAAUGAAGUUGAUAUUUGCAAAAAAAUCGAAAUAAAUCACGGAUCUAACAAGUUUAAAAAAAACGCGAGACCUGUGCAUGCAUAUGAGAAAUAAUUUGCAUAAAGCGUAGCCAAGACGCGCCGUUUAAUUUAACCCACUUUCUAAACGACAACAACAAAAAAACAAACAUAAAAUCAAGAAAAAUCGACAGCAACAAAACCGAAUCAAAUUAACAAGCAAAUAAUAUAAGUUUUCGAGAAGAAGAAUGUGCCAGUGAUAUCCACAAACAAAUUUGUUUACUUUAAUUUUUUUUACAAAUUUUCACAUCAAGUUCUAAGCAAACGAAAAACCAACUGGCCACUGGACCAACAAUAACAAAAAAAGAAACAAAAGUUUUGCAAGAAAAAGUUAACUUGGAACGCAUUGAAAUCGAUACCGAUAUCGAUAUCAACAGCGGAACUCUCCAAACAGUCCCCACAAUCGUCUGUGAGUCAUUCAAAGCCGCAGCAAGAACAUCAACAAAUACGCAAACAAUAGACAGCAAUAACAAUUGCAGGGUAUCGAGCGGAGCCUUUGGAUUUACUUAGCCAGCGCUUAAAAACGAGUUAACGCGUGCAAUCCAACCACAACAACAAAACAGUUGGUUGACCAACACUAGCGCAAAGUUCAUGAAGUCUAAAAAGUUCUGACUGCAAUUUCAUAAUCGACGUCUGCUGGCAACAAUAUUUGUAGGCAAUUUCAACGAGCUUCAACUGCCGGUUUCACAUUUCAACUAAAACAAAAGCACAUUUUCACACACCAACACUCAUACACACACAUACAACACGUCUAGAAUUUCUUGGAUACUCUUUAUUUACCUGGCGGGCGCAUUUUUGUGUUCUCAACGCUGACGCUGUAAAAUAUUUGGAUUUUUUUGCACUUUUGGUUAAAUAUUUUUCUGCCAGUUUGCAUAAAUACCCAGCGGGCAAACUAAACGAUCAACAUAAACGGACAGCAAACGUGCCAGGAACACAAUCCAAGCAGAAUAUGGUGGAAUAAGGUGCCCAGCAGCAACGGCAACGGCAACAGCAACAGCAACAAGCACAACAGCAACAGGCAGUAAAAGCCCAGAAAAUGUCUUCCUCAAUUUGCUCGCACUUUACGCAAAAUGCGUGGAAAAAGGAUUUGUGCUCGAACUGCUUCAAGUCAAAGGAUGAACACAAAGCAGCUGCAGCUGCGGCCGCGGCUGCUGCACAGCAGGGCACGAAGCCAAGCGCCCUCAAGUCAGAUAGCCACACAAAGACUGAUUACCCGAACAAGCACAAAACGCCAGCUAAGAGCAUUAUCAAGAAGGCGUUUGGCGUACGCCUCGCCACAACUACCAGCAGCAGCUUCGGCAAGCCCAGCAGCAGCAACAGCAACAGCUCCAAGUCAAGCAAAGUUUGCUUUCCCAAGCAGCUACAUGAGAUCAUCGGUUAUGGCGGUGAGUGGUCCGAGGAUGAUGACGAUGAUGACGAUCAUGACUUUAUGAAUCUGGGCAACGAGCACGAUGACAUGGCCAUCACGGAAACUGACGACGAGGAAGCCGUCGAGCUGAAACGCAUUACUCGCGCCAACACAGAUUUCAAUAUGAACAAUGGCAAUCUGCUGGGCGAUGCGCAGGACAACAUCAAGAAAUCAUUUGCGGCACUCAAGUUGGGAGCACCCCAGGUGGACAAGGAGGGCAAGAAGCAAACGCUAACGAUCAAUGUGAUGCCCUUUGGCCAGCCCAUAAAGUCAGCUGGUUCGAAGUCAACGCCGUGCAAAGCAACGGACGUGUCGAAGACAGCAACAACUGCAGCUACAAGCUCCAACACUGUGACAGCCAAGUCUGUGACGGCAACAAGCACAACAAUUAAGAGCACUGCAACUAGCACAGCCACCAAGAAAGUGACUACAACACUCACACCUACGCUUGUUAAGCCAACGGCAGGUGCAUCAGCGCGCGACGGAAAGGACAGUCCGCCCAUAGAGCGUGCGAUGGAGAAGUCUCUGCUGGACGAAAUCUCAGAGACGCUGCAGCAGAAGCAGAAACAAAACGAGAUCAGCACUGCAGCAGCGACAGCAGCAACGUCAGUCACAACAACAACAGUUGCAAGCAGCAGCAGCAGCAGCAGCAGCAGCAGUAAAAUCAAAUUCGAGCUGGGCUCACUUACUGACUCGCCAAAGCCAUUUCUCGACCUUAAGAAAUCCAUCGCGCGUAAUGCGCCCAUAACCAAGGAUCACACCAAGCCGAAGGUGAACGUGUGCCACAAAUACUCCGACACAGAUAGCAAUUGCUCGGACACGGAAAACGGUGUCUCCGCCUAUUACGAUGUGGUUGAGACGCAGCUGAGCUACGAGAACUUGCCCGAUGGCAAGUACAGUGAGCAGGUGGGCGUGGCUAGCGCCCAGGCGGAGUCGAACAGCACACACUACUCCAGCUCCCAGUACAUAACGGACAUGCUGCUAAGCUCAAAGACUCGUGCCGCCAGUUACAAUCUGCACGAGGGUAACUUCAUGACCAGCAAAAUAACCUCAGACGGGCUAAUUGUCACCAAAUGCAGCUCGGACGACGCACUGGACUCCACGGGCAGCAGCUUUGAUGGCAGCUCAGACGAGGAGAAUGCCUACAAUAUGAUACGCAGCGAGUCCGACUCAGGCAUUGGCAUUAGCAUUGGCAGCGACUAUAAGAAUCUGCCCAGCGGUGCAGUCAAGGGCAGCAUUGAGCAGCGCUCGCUAGUGGAGAAGAAGCUCAGCGCCAGCACCAACAAUUCCGACUACGAGGACAUACAGAUUGGCGAUCAGUCUGUCAAUCAGGCGGCAGUCAAGAGCCGCGAACUGCACGGUGAGCCCGACGGCAGUGCCGAUCCGGACAACAAGUUGGAACAAAGUCAACAGCAGACGAAGCCGGACUCAGCUACGGAGACGAUGUCCCAGCAGCUGCCAGCGCUGCCCAAGUCACCGCCGCCGCCUAUGAAAAUCGAUGCACGUCCCUCCUUCUUGCAUGGCCUCAAGAAGCCCGAGCUGCCUGCCAAACCGCUCGUCAACAUCAGCAGCAGCAGCAGCUGCAGCAACAGCAACGGCAAUAACAAUAACAAUUUGCCGCUCAAAACCUUCAUGAGCAAGCGGCAGCCCAGUAAUGCUGAGCAGCAAUUCAUCAGCCAGCUCCAAACGGCAAUCUCCAAAUCAAGUGAAAAUCUGCUAUUAGCAGCUUCAGCAGCAGCAGCAGCGGCUGAGUCAGCCAAAGAUGAUGCCAAGCUUAAAAAGGGAAAAGCACCAAAUCCGCCGCCAGAGCCAAAACUGAGCGCACCGACUACGCCGGAGCGCGAUUACAGUCUGGUAGUUGAGUUCGAGCAGGCAAUCAAUGCGGAGUCGUCAGCUUCCAAGCCAGUGGAAACUCCAACUGCCAACGAGAUAUCGCCAAAAUCAACAGCAACAGCGGCGAGUGUUGCCGGAACACCCACAGCAACUAGAGCAACAAGUUCUUCAGCAGCAGCAGCAGCAGCAGCAACGGCAACAGUAGCAGCAACAGCUGCUUCAAGCCCCAGCAGCAGCAGCAGCAGUAAUAUGUACACCAGAAAGCCGCCUGUGGCGGCUGCUGCACCCGUCAUCCGUGAAAAGGACAAGCGGGAGCGAGCAGUGAUUAAUCCCAAGUUUCGCAGUCUCAACAGUUUUGUGAUGCAACGUGCCAAUGCAACAAAGCAGCUACAGUUGCAAUCCGCCAGCUCUGUGCUGAACCUAAAGCAGCCUUUGACGCCGGAGCCAACGCCGCGCAAUCAGCGACACCUGUCCAUGUCCGAGGAGUGUCUGGCAGCUGCCGGCUUGACAGAUCAGAGCAUGAAAUCUCCAAAGUCACCCAAUGCUUCGCCGCCACAGAAACAGAAAUCGAAGUUUUCGAUUAAGAAAUUUCUGCGCAUGGGCAGCAACGGUGGCAAGUCCAGUGAAUCAUUGACCAAAAAGGAGGGCAGCCUCUACACUGAGAUCUGUACGGGUGACGAUGGCAGUGUCGUUGGCAAGCCACGUCUGGUUAUCAUACAUCCCAUUGACAUCAAUCCCACGGCCGUUGAAGUUGUCAAGGACAUAACGAAGACUAACGAUACCGUCUCCGCGCAGACGGUGGCUGUAGUCACCGCCAAGCCGCCAGCGCCGCCGCUGCGCGCCAGCGAGGGACAGCGCGGUCAUGAGGCCAACAAACCGGCACGCCCACCACCGCCGAAAAGCGCUGAGCUGCGUCGCAAGCAGAAGACGGAGCUAACUGCUACGCUUAGCUCAAGCAGCGUAGAUUCCGCUAAAAUUUGCGGCAAUCCCAAUGCCGGUGGCUCUAUAAAAUCUAAAGCGGACAACGUGUAUGCCAAUUUGGGCGAGAUCCGCUCCUCGAUAGCGCCACGCAAGCCGGAGCGCACGGCGAGCAUGCGGGAGCGUGAGGCACAGCUGGAGCUGGUCCGUAAGCGGGGCAUACUUACCGAUACUAUCUCCAUUUGCUCGUCAAACGGUGAGAAUGUAACGACCGAACAGUCGAAGGGGUGCAACACCAAUCCUUUCGAGGUUGGCAAACCGACUGCCAACUCAGCGACAGCCGGAGCACCCACUGUCAAUAGCCGCACGAGCACAUUCGAGCGACAGCCGAAGAAGGCUGAGACCAAAAUGUCCAUAUCCAGCAAGCUUGAGAUCUUUGAGCAGCGUGCCCAAGGCGCACACGAUGCCACGGACAGUGCCCAGCGCAGCAGCCUGAAGGAUUCGGUGCGCAAAAUUAACAGCACCAUCGAUAGCUAUCUGAAGGACAAGCGCGACUAUGAGAACAUGUACGAAUUUGUCAAAAUGGGAAAUGGCACUAGCAGCUCAACAACGACAGCCACGGCUACGACAGCGGCACCAACGCCUCCACUGCCACCAAUUCGCAGCAGCAACCUCGACCUAGCCGCUGUGGCCGGGCAACGACUCAAUGGCCGAUCCAGCGGGCGCAACAAUAUCUACUCGGAUACCGCGUCCAUAGCUAGCUAUACGCGCAGCGAGUACGGUCCAGUACGCAACUAUGGCCUCAACAGUAGCUUAGCCAACAUUCCACGCGUCAUCUCGGCCUCGUAUGCGGGCAGCGAGGUGGGCGAGUUCGACAUCUACGCUCCGUACAGCUACUACGGCAGCGAGGCUGGGGGAGAUGUGGCUACGGACAUCAACGACAGCGUCUGGGGCAUGCCGACGGGCAACAAGAACCGCAGCAAGGCCACGAAUCGUUUGCGCAUGCGCAAGGGACGCAGUGUCGUGCACAAGACCAUCGAAGACAACUACACAGCGGUUGUAGUGGCCAAUCAUGAGGCACUUGCCCAGGUGCUCGAUCAGCUCCAACAGACGCCAGUUGUGCCAGCCUCACUGCGACCGCUGGCCAAUGCCAUUAACUUGCGCUACGAGGACUUUACCAUUCUAGAGGGUGCUCAGGCAUUCGUCGUGGGCAAGAAGGCGUUCCAUGCUGCAUUGUGGACCACAUCGCCCGUAACCUUGGCUCUUUCGGCUGACUGCAACCAGCUGGCGGGCGUUGGCGGCGAGCUAAGUCAAAUGACGGGAGGAGUUUGCGAUGUGCUUAAUCCCAUAACCGAGUUUUGCGACCUGGUUCCCAGCUACCAGCUGCCGCUGAUGCCCACAACCGAGGUGACCUUACUACAGGCCACAAUAUCGGUGCUGCCAAGACUUCAGCUGGAGACUCUGCAAUCAAUCGGAUCCAUACUGAAGGGCAAGUCUCAAGUGCUGGACAAGAGCAACUUUAACUUCCGAGGCUCCAUACCAAAUCUGAACAGCCUGAAGGAUGCAGCUGCUGCCAAUGCUCUGCGCAAUGUGGUCUCCGUGCAGAACCUCAGCACAUUGAACGAGGAAUCGACAUCGUCUGGCGGUAACGCGGUAGCCAACGAUAGUGAGGAGAUCACCCCCAACGCCCAUGCUAUGCCCGCCUUCGAUGAUGUCAUGACGCGUGAGGUGGCCUUCAUAAUGUUACAGCUGAUCAACGGCAUGAAGAAUCUACAGGCCAAGGCCAUUGAAGAGACGCCAUUAAGUCUUUCGAAUGUGGUACUCUCAAAGGACAUGGAUAACAAGGAUGCGCAGGCGAGACUCUGUGUCUUACAAGGCAAUAACAACGACGACGACGAGCCCAUGGGUACGCUAUGCAAGUGCGCUCACGUCGCGCUGACCGACAUGCUGCCCACCACGAAAAUUACACCCAUUCUGGGCGAUAUUUUGCAACAGGAACGCGCCGAAUCGCUGUCCAAGGCCAAAUCAGUGCUAGAGUUUGUGCUCUGGGGGCCCUCUGAUGUGGCGCUCUCCGGCACGACCAAGGAACGCGAGCUCGCGCUGCAACGCUGGCUGGAUCUGGAGCGGGCCACAGUCCUGCACGGCUUAGUACGCACGCGCGUCGAACUGACCGUCUACGAUGAGUGUCAUCUGAUGUUCCUUGUGCGCUCGACGGCCAAAAUGAUGAACGAUGCGGCCAAAAUCGUAUGCAGCUAUCAGCAACAGGCGUCCCAAUGAAUAACGCCGACUUAUCAUAGCCUUAUAUUUAUUGUCCAAGAUUGUCACAGGCUUUUAGUCCUUUGAGUUGUAGUUUAGAUAUUAUUGCAUAUGUCCCAGAGACACAUAUUCAAUGGCAAUACGUUAUACUUGAUAAAUGAUCGAAAUAUGGUAUUUAGCGAAUACUUAUUAUGAAUUAUCCCUAAAACGAUUUAAACGAUACGACAUUAACCAUAUCUAUAUAAACCCUAUUUUGCCAAGCGUGCCAAACGAACAACGCGUGGAAACUAACUUGUAAAAACUCUGUCUGCAGUGAAACUUGAUUUAAUCGUAGUUUACUUGUUAUUCUAAGUUAUUAUUCUAUGCAACUAUUUAUACUUACAUAAAUUACUUACUUAUACGUAAUAACCGUUAACAACUAUUGAAAGUCUAAUUUCGGUUUGU